AUGUCUCACAGUUACUACGGUAAGCAAUGGCAAGAGGCACAGUCAGCCUUGGUGGACAUGCUUCAGUAUGAAAACCCACCUCAGCCACCAAAACCAGAGAGGGAUCGGCUAGCAGCAUUUCAGCUCCUGGCAACCAUGUAUGUCAAGUACAUCCAAAUCUUCAGGAAGCUGGAGCAGGCCUACGACCAGAUAGUCCACCCCCAGAAACGGCGGGUGCUGCGUCACUGCCUGGAUGGUGUCAUGGGCAGAAUCCUAGAGCUGAAGCAUGAGAUGAUCAACUUGGAGUUCUCAGAGUAUCAUUAUUUCGAUGAUGUUUUAUCGGAUCUAAAGCUGACACCCAACGAUGUUGAGAUUCCAAUUCCCAAGUACUUCGUGAAUGAGAGGGCUAAACAUUUAAAAGAGAGGGAAAAACUCCUGGGUCAAAUCCUGGCCAAAAUGGCACCCCAGGGCCAGGGAAGAGAGAAACUUGAUAACUACAUGACCUUGGAGCAGGCUGUCAAGGUUAUUCAGAUUCAUGAGCGUGCUCGUCAAGGUCGACUCCGGGCAAAGUUCAUGAGAGAGAUUCGUCAGCAAGAAGAGCGAGAAAAGCUUGCCCUGAUGCAUGGAGCUCCAACUAUUGACCCAGAAUUGGCAGCCAUGAAGAUCCAAAAGAUAUGGAAAGGAUUUGCUCAGCGGAAAAAGACCAGGAAGGAGAGAGAUGAAGAGAUGGUCUUCCUUGGCAUGGCACCCCCACCACUGCCAAGUAACCCAAAGAACCUGCCUCAGACAUUAGCUGCAAAGACCGAGGAGCAGCGGCGGAAAACUCAGGAAGUUCAUGAACAGGAGUAUCAACAGGCUCUGGUCAACAUCAAGGAGAACAUCAUCAAGAACGAGGGUCCAGACAUGAGAGAAGGCAUGAUGGAUCAGAUCCGACAAUGGUUCAUUGAGUGCAGGGAUGCCAGUGGCAAGUUCCCAGAAUACCCCAGUGAGGAAGAUGGUGGCUCACUUGUUAUUUUCAAGGAGAAAGAUCCUGCAGAGUUGGAGAAAGAACUGAGAGAAAAGAUGACUGGUCUACAGCAACAUAGGAAGAAGGAAAGAGCAAGUCAGGGAAAAAGGACAAGAAGAAGAAGGAAAAGAAGAAGGCUGCAGAAAAGAAAGAUAAGAAGGGAAAGAAAGGAAAGAAAGGAGAUGAUGAUGAUGAGGAAGAGGGCUGGAAGAUGGCCCCCUCUAGUUUUGUUCCUGCAAUCAGCGAGUCAGCAGAAACAUACAAAUCUGUGUGGAUGGCCAGGAGUGAAGCUGACAACUUUAAUCAGAAGCACGACUCGGAGCUGA